GAUUUGGAACGAAAACAAAAUGGCUCGAGGACGCAAGAGCAAUAGCAUCAAAGAGAGCGACUUCACUAACAGCACCCAUCCUCAGGAUUUAGAGAGAAGACUUUUUGUCGGCAAUUUGCCCACAGACCACAUGACUCGUGAAGAAAUGGAAGAGAUAUUUUCAAAAUAUGGCAAGAUCAGGGCCCUCAGCAUGUACCAUGGCUAUGGGUUCGUGCAGUAUGACCGUCUAGAAGAUGUCCAGGCCGCUCUGGACGGUGAGAAUGGGCGCCUUUAUAAAGGGUAUAGAUUAGAUAUUAAUAAAGCAGUGGAAAGAAGAAAUAUGAAUAAGGCUUCAUCAAGGUCCAGUCCGGCACGAAGGGAGCCGUACACCUACGGGGAUGGCCGAGACACCAGGCGCGACCGCUCCCCUCUUCGGGGGAGCCCACGGAGAGACCCCAGAGAUGGCAGGGAUGGGAGAAACGGGCGAGAUUCCAGAGACGCUCGAGACAUUCGAGCCAGAGACAUGCGUGACACCAGAGACCACAGGGACCCACGGGACCUGCGAGACCCACGGGAUAUCAGGGAUCCAAGAGACCUGCGAGACCUUCGCGAUGUUAGAGAUCUUCGUGACUCACGGGAGCCGCUGUACGAUCGAUACAGGGAUCCACGGGAUACGAGAAAUCAAAGAGAUGUGAGGGAUCCACGGGAUAUGAGAGACCCUCGGGACCCUUUGUACAGACGAGAUGAAGCUUAUGACCGUUACCUCCGCUUUGACGACUACUACCGGCGGAAGGACGACUCCUACUACGACCGUUACAAAGAGCAUUUCGAUAGAGCACCAGGGGGUUCAGAAGCCCAGGCAGGUCCAAAGGACCGUCUGAAGCGCGAGGAGCGGCGCCGGGAGGAGUUGUACCGGCAGUACUAUGAGGAAAUCAAGAGGCGUUUUGAUGCAGAGAGACCUGUGGAUUGUUCUGUGAUAGUGGUGAAUAAACAGACGAAGGAGUAUGCCGAGUCCGUGGGGCGGAAGGUGCGGGAUCUGGGAAUGGUAGUGGACCUGAUCUUCCUCAACACUGAGAUGUCCCUGACACAAGCCCUGGAUGAUGUGAGCAGAGGAGGGUCUCCUUUUGCCAUAGUCAUCACCCAGCAGCAUCAAGUUCACCGCUCUUGCACUGUUAACAUCAUGUUUGGCACCCCACAAGAGCACCGCAACAUGCCCCAAGCUGAUGCCAUGGUGCUGGUGGCGAGGAAUUAUGAGCGCUACAAAACAGAGUCACGGGAGAAGGAGCGGGAGGAGAUCGCCCGGCAGGCUGCCAAGAUGGCAGAUGAGGCCGUUCUGCAGGAGCGGGAGCGCCCACCCCCUGUGGAGGAGGGUGUCAGGGGAGGGCACCCUCCAGGCAUCCAGACUCUCUUGAACCUGCUGGCAGACAAUCGCUAUCUAAGUGCGGAGGAGAUUGAUAAAGUAAUUAAUUACCUGAGGGACCGGAAGGAGCGGUUGCUGAGGGGCAGCGCUGAUGCUCUGCAGGCACCCAUGUCAAGACAGUCUUUGGGGGCACCUUCAGGAUCAUCUCUUGGUAGUCAGGCCAGCCUUCCAAACUCUCAGGCUCAUCAGGGUUCACAGCCUCUGGUCUCUGCACCUUCUGUUCCAGUGUCCUCUUCUAAUCCUCAGCAGGAGCUUCAAGCAAAAAUCCUCAGUCUCUUCAACAGCGGGGCAGCAGCAGCUGCUGCAGCAAACAGCAGCUCUGCACCCUCUGCAGGCACUUCAGGCAGCACUCCCACCCAGAACUUUGCUAACAUGGCUGGUGGUCAGGCCCGAGCAGCACAGAUGGGUGCUGGAAAUUUAAACCAGGCUCCGCAGAGAUUGCAGGCUCCAAGCACACAGCUUCCUGCUCUCCAAGGCCCAUCAAGAAAUGCAGGUCCAAGACCUGGAGCUCCUCCACAAGCUCAGUCAUUCUAUGGUCAGCAUCAAAAUCGCCUCCCUGCACCUGGCAGUGUACCUGCUCAAAGGCCAGUAUCUUCUGGUAUCAACUUUGACAACCCUAGUGUACAGAAAGCCUUGGACACCCUUAUCCAGAGUGGUCCUGCACUGUCCCACCUAGUGAGCCAGACAGUGGCCCAGGGGAGACCAGGGUCCUCAGCCCAGCAACCCAUGGGUUCCUACCAGCGACACUAUUAGAAUGGAGCUGUCAGGCCCUUUCCCCUCCCAUUGCCAUUCCGUACUUACAGCUGUUGAA